GUAGAGUAGGGCCCACUCGCGGUGGCACUUCCACCCAGCCAUACACGAAGGAGGAGGAGGAGAAGAUGGCCGCCAUCCUGCAAGAGAGAAAGGAGAAGAAGGAGGCCAAGAAAAAGGUCUUGAAAGAGGAACAGGCGGCCAAAUUGAAGAAGAUGGAAGAAGAGAUGGCCAGGGAGAAAGAGAGGUUGAAAAAGGAAGAAGAAGAGAAGUUGAAGGAGGUGGAUGAAGAAGAGGAAGGRCCGCCACUGCAAAAGAUUAGUGGGCAGCACAGUGGCAGCAAUGGUGGGGACCUGGAGAAGAGGAUAUCCGAACGGGUUGCUAAUCUGUCUGUGGGAGAAGAGGAAGAAGUUAGUAUGUACAUCCCGCAGGAUCAGCAAGAGGCUGGCAUGAGGGCUUGGGCUGCAGAGAAGGAUCCCCUUAGACGACAGGCGUUGGAAGACGAGAAGAGAAUGGAGUGGAAAUUGGCGGUGAUGAGGGAGAAGAAGAGGAGAGUUGAUAGGGCAGCGGAGGCGGCGGAAGAAUUAGAGGAGGUGAAAAAUGGGGAAUUCCUCAAAUUGCUGCGCGAGCGAUUCGCAGACGUCGCUCGCAGUGUUAAGGCCUCAGACACGCUCCAAACCAUCCAUUCUCGUAAAUGGAAGAGUGCCAGGGCACUCAAGGGUACAAUGGAUGAGUUGGUGGCUGUCCCUGACCACAGAGUCACAAAGGGCCAGUUGGUCAACCUCUUUUACCGGGCUAUGCCCGAAGCUUUUCGAGGGCAGUUCUUUGCGAAGAGCGAAGACCCUGCCACCACUUACGAUUCCCUCAACCGCGAAGUGGUGGCUUUUGAAGCUAAGUCCGUGUCCCUAACUACCUUCUGGCACAAGGACUUAGACAGAGGGAAGCAAUGGAAAGGCCGCACUAUCUCAGGGCAGGUAAAGACCAAGGAUAGUCUUGUCCUAACUCUAGACGAAGGUAGUGUGGAUGAGAUUCCCUACGAUCAGAUUGAGUGGGGAUUAGAGGAGGAGAACAGCAGUGUGGGCCAAGGGAGAUUUUAUGCUGCUGUCGCGGCUGGAGGGAGGCCGCAAGGAGGACGAGGCCAAGGCCAAGGGGGCCGGGCCUCAGGGAGCCGGUUCCAGGGAGAUCAAGGGGUUGGCGGCAGAGGAGGAAACCGCCAAGCGGGAGGCAUGGGUCAAGGUCCCUCGCAAAACCGUCCUAGGAAUAGGUCUCCCUAUAGAGUAGGAGGAUGGCACCCAGSGCUACCUCAGGGCGUGGCCGAAGAAUUGAAGGAGAGGAGGCCCGCCUGGGCCAAGAUGAAGAAGGAGAAUAAAGGGCAGUUGAUCUUAUUAGAUGCAGAGAUUUUUAGAAGUAGAGUAGGGGCCCUAGUAGACUUAGGGGCCACCCGCAGCUAUAUUAGUAAGAAAGCGCUGCAGAAGUUGAAGCUGGGACUUAAAGUCCAGAAAUUGGCAGGCCCCAUAGUUAGUAUCCUCGCGGACAAUCGUACCAUGGUUGUAGAGGAUUACGUAGAGGGAGUCCAGGCGUAUUUCCGCCUAGAGAAAGACGGGAAAGUGGAGAAAGUUCUCCACUCCCUGACUCUCCUCGUAGAAGACAGCCUCUCGUUUGAUAUUGUGUUGGGAAUGGAUUGGGGAGAGGCAGCCGGGGCAACGCUCCAUCUGAAGGAGCACGAGUGUAGGCUCCCUAGUUCUGCAGGCGAGGCUAAGACUGUCCGCCUGUUCCAUGUGUCAGGGGUAGAGAAUUCCUUGGCGCAUUGCUGCCUUAGUGCCCCCGCGUUCGCCAGAUUGGUGAAGAAGGAGGGAUUGGAGGAACAGGUCUUUGUUGCCUAUGUUAGGCCAGUCACUGAGCCUACGGAAGAAAAGUCGAUGGACCCUGCGAUUGCCAAGCUGCUGGAAGAGUUUAAAGAUUUGACCAAGCCGCCGACAGGCACAGUGCCGCGGCCCAUCCAGCACCAUAUUGAGAUAGAGCCUGGCAGUAGAACUCCUAAGGGUGCUGUGUAUAGGAUGUCCCCGCGGGAGUUAGAGGAGCUUCGCAAGCAAUUAGACGAGCUCCUCGAGAAGGGUUGGAUUAGGCCCAGUUCGUCUCCUUUCGGAGCGCCUGUCCUCUUUGUUCCUAAGAAAGAGGGAGAGCUGAGGAUGUGCAUAGACUAUCGGGGUCUGAAUGCUAUUACUGUGAAGAAUGUUGAGCCACUGUCGAGGAUAGACGAUCUCUUAGAUCGAGUGCAGGGUGCCAAGUAUUUCUCUAAGAUAGAUUUAAAGUCCGGGUAUCAUCAAAUAGAGGUACAUCCUGAUGAUCAGUAUAAGACAGCCUUCCGGACUAGGUACGGGCAUUACGAGUUUAUAGUGAUGCCCUUUGGACUAACCAACGCGCCAGCUACGUUCCAGCAGUGUAUGAACGAUUUGUUUAGGCCGUGGUUAGAUAAAUUUGUUGUAGUUCAUCUAGACGACAUCCUAGUGUUUAGCCGGACCCUCGAAGAGCAUCAGGGUCAUCUCAGGCAGGUCUUGGAGAAGCUGAGGGAAGCUAACUUCAAGAUCAAUGCAAAGAAGUGCGAUUGGGCGAAAACCCAAGUUCUGUACUUAGGCCACGUCUUAGACGGAGACGGCGUUAAGCCARAAGAUAGCAAGAUCGCGGCGAUUACAAAUUGGCCCACGCCACGUACGCUGACAGAGUUGCGCUCGUUCCUGGGCUUAGCUAAUUACUAUAGGAAGUUCGUGAGGAACUUCUCCACYAUCGCUGCGCCCCUUCGCAGGUUGCUUAGGAAAGAGACAAUCUGGAAGUGGGACAAGGACUGCACGUCUGCUAUGAAGAAAUUAAAGCAAGCGUUGAUAGAGUAUCCCGUCCUUAAGGUCGCCGAUCCGUCCUUGCCUUUUGUCGUUACUACGGAUGCUAGCCGGUACGGCAUAGGCGCAGUGUUACAGCAAGACGAUGGCAAUGGCUAUAGACCCGUAGAGUUCAUGUCCGCCAGGAUGCCUUCAGAAAAGGUUGCGACAUCUACCUAUGAGAGGGAACUCUACGCUCUCAGGCAAGCCUUAGACCACUGGAAGCACUACUUGCUUGGGAGGCACCUCAAAGCCUAUUAUGACCAUGAAACGUUACGAUGGUUAAAGACGCAGGCCAAGAUGACACCUAGGCUUACUAGGUGGGCCACGGAGAUAAAUCAGUACGACUUCGAGCUCAAGCCUGUCAAAGGGAAGUACAACGUAGUCGCGGAUGCUCUGAGUAGAAGAGCUGAUUACUUUGGGGCAAUAGUACAUUAUCUCGAUAUAGGGAAGGAUCUGCAGCAGAAGGUGAGAGAAGCUUACGCGCGGGACCCUAUCUAUAGUGAGCUCCUUAAGAGAGUCAGGGAGGCCCCAGAGACCGAACCGAACUACCGCACUACAGAAGGGUUGCUUUUUGAGAAGACUAACGUGUUUGACCGCCUAUGCAUCCCCAAUAGCGAGGAGAUUCGUAGUCUGAUUUUGGGCGAAUGCCAUGACACAGAGGGUCAUUUUGGUUGGCAAAAGACUUUAGCCAAUCUGAUACGCGCGUAUACCUGGCCAGGGAUGAAGAAUGACUGCAUAGAGUAUGUUCGCAGUUGUAAGGUUUGCCAGCGUAACAAGAGUUCUACGCGCGCCCCGCUAGGUCUUCUCAGACCCUUGCCCAUUCCGGAUCAGCCGGGGGACUCAAUGUCCAUCGACUUCAUGGACACUCAAGUCAAGAGCAGGCAUGGCAAGAGCCAAGUCAUGGUCAUAGUUGACCGAUUCAGUAAAUAUGCAGUUUUUGUUCCUUUGCCUUCAGAGGCGCGUACCGAUUUAGUCAUACGGAGGUUUUUUGACUGUUGGGUUAGUGAGAAUGGAAUCCCGUUGUCAAUAGUUAGCGAUAGAGAUAGUCGCUUUACCAGCCAGAACUGGCAAAAACUCAUGGGAGUAUAUGGAUCUAAGUUGUUAAUGGUCCGACCGUCAUCCAGAGACUAACGGUCAGACAGAGCAAAUGAACAAGAUCCUACAGC